CCUCUGUCCUAGAAAAGUUUAAGGGUAGGAACAUUCCUUUUCGAAGCCAUGGCCCGCCAACGAGCUGGUCAAUCACGCUUCAAACUGUUAGUUGCUAUUGUGAUUGUCGUGCUGUGCUUCUUGCACCUGCCAAUCAACGGCUCGCAAACUCUAGCAGUACCAGGUUCAGGCAGAGAAACUACUAGAGCAAGCCUAGAGAAGUUGACAGUGAGAAAACUGAAGACAAAGCUGCACGAGAAGGGUUUGAAGGUGUCAGGGCGAAAAGCAGACCUUGUGGAGCGGCUGGUGAAAUACACGGCAAUGGAGUCAAUGGAGAUAAAGAGGGUGAGAAGUGGCAAACGUGAGACUCCAGAAGCACUGAAACUCGCUGACCCUGCUACCGAUGUCUUCAUCCCUUUGGACGAAACAGUUCAACAGCUUGAAGCUCUGUUGCAAAAGAAGAGGGUUGUUUUCAUUCGUGCUGGUGUGGCUAGCGGCAAGUCUACGUUAGCAAAAUAUCUCUGUACAGUACAACCAUCCAAGUAUUUGCAAGUCGUUGCCCCUGGGAAUGCAACCUCUCAGCACUGGCAGAGAAGGUUCAGGGCAGCUUUGGAGAACGAGCCUGCCGCUCCUGAUGUAGCGAAACGAAGCAUCGAAGAUGCAGUCAAAUAUGUACAUGACAAUGAUCGGGUGCUGGUCUUUGAUGAGUGCCACUUGCUCUUCAGUUGUCCGGACUUCUUAAACAUGUUCUUGAAACCUGGACACCUACUGCAGCCUCCCAUGAUGUUGUUGCUAUCAGCUGCAUCUGAAGCUGUGGACAUGCAUGGAGCUAUCUCACAAACACCUGCGGAAAUUACUGGAAAAUACAUGUGGACGCCCCCAAUUCCACAUGCCAAAGCUCUUGUUAAUCAACUUGCCCAGGCUGAUGUGUAUUUGUCUGAAACAGCCAUUGAUUUCUUUAUGAACCUUUGUGACACAGAGGUAUUUUCAUGAGAGCCAUGGAAUGGGUGCAGGAAAAGCAGAGCAGGAACAGCGCUCCGUGGAAUUUGACUCGCGCCCUUGGGGAGGCUAGCCUAGCAUGGGACACAGAGAAUUGGAUUCAUGCCCCAGAUGAUAGCUUGAUGAGGAAACUUCAGGCUAGUCGGGCCAUUCGUGUGAACGGGCGUUUUGCAAGCUUGGAGAACGUACCAGAACAAUUUAUGAAAGUCUUGUGCGAGGGUCCAACUGAUGAUAUCGCAAUAUCUCUCCGCCGCGAGCUCACAAUUUGUGGUUUUGUACUUCCUGCUCAAGACAAGAUGGAGGCGGAGCAAAAUGAGUUUCAGCGACUGGAUUGGGCAGACGUGGGGAGAAAGUAUUGCGUCGCCAAUUACCUGAUGGCUUCCUAUUACCGCUCAGUGCUUGCAGUCAAGCGGCAGCUGACAGUGGAUGUAGACAGAAACCCAGUUUCUUGCACAGAUCUGCUUUUGCGAGCGCUGCCAUAUUUGCUUUUUGCAGAUGUGGUGGUGGCCACAAUAGGGAAAGAUAAUGUUCUACCUGAUGUUUCACAAGAGCAGCUCCCAUUUGAGGUUCAUUACACCUUUGCUUUAAUUCGCGUGUUGAAGCGCUUGGGAUUUCGAACCGUAAGUAGUUUGGAGAGCCCACGUAUGGGGAAGGUUGACAUCUAUUGUACAAUACCGGACGGUUCAACUUUCGCCAUUGAAGCGGUCAUGGCUGCCCGCAGAGCAGCUGAAAUUAAAAAACAUCGAAAUCGCUUUAAGAAUGUGUCGAAGACAAACUACGCAAGUGCCAAGCACAAGUGUUUGCUAAUCAUUGGAAGGAAGGGCCACCAAUUGAGAAAACUUGUGCAAGACACGUGGGGUGGUAUAGAGGGUAUAGAGAUUGUUGGACUUGCUGCCAAUUCAGCACACACCGGCUACCAUGUCUAUGUCAAGCAGCAAGAGCAGCAAGGUAAGGAAGUCUUGGACUUCUACAUCCCAUGUGAUGGAGUUGCAAGGAGCUUUUCCUUCAAGGAUGAAGAACCAUUCUUUGAGAUCAGUUCUGCCCAGAAGUUCAAAUCCAUUCAGCCAGGCCCCGCCACUGGAACCUAGACCAAAGCCGUUUGGGUGAGGCAAUUGCAGAAGGACGGUGAUACAUUCGAGCAGAUUGGCAACCCGUUCAAAGUCACCGGAGAGCUGGCAGACGUGGAUGACCUUAAGAAAGCAAUUAAGGCAGAGAAGCCGAACAAAGUGAAGUGUGAUGCAGAUGAAAUUGAUAUUUUUAGCCAACAGGAUGGAAGUUGGAUUAGAGAAGAAAAGAUGUCGGCAAGCCUUCGCGACACGGAUGAGACAGAUUGCUAUGGCUUCACAUUGCCAUCAGCGUGAGUGAAGCCAAUUGAGAGCAAGGGUUCCCAAUAGUUUCACCGAAUUCCAUCUUUGGAGUAAAUGUAGAGUGGAUGUCGCUGUGGCAUGACCGUGCAUCACUCACAAGAUUUGAGACUUGACACUGCGUUGACACUCUUGUCCAGCAGGUUGUGCACACAGCGGGUGAAGAAACAGUGAACC